AUACGGUAUUCGCUUCAGCAUUAUCCAGUUUUUAAUCGUAGUUCCAACAACGGUUUUUCUGCUCGCAAGCUGUGAUAAAUACAUUCUCUGAAUUGCGACAAGCUAUGACAUCCUGAUCGUUCGACCUCUUCGAAUCAUAGAAGAUUUGCGUACAUAUAAAACGUUGAAGCAAAUCCAAACAGUUGAAACAUUUGGCCAAAAGAAACGUGUCGAUCAUGUCUUUUCUCGCCGACGUCGCAAACGUGAUCGGUUUCCUAAUCCUCACGGUAGGAUUCAUCAUCAAGAAUACCAUCAGAUUAUUUAUCCCGGAGAAGUAUAAGAUGAAGAGUAUAGCUGGAGAGAUUGCUUUGGUGACUGGGGGUGGUGGCGUCUUGGGAAGGCUUGUCACCCUCAGGCUGGCUAAUCUGGGCGCCAUCGUUGUCAUCUGGGACGUUAAUAAGGCUGGUAUCGAGGAGACUGUCAAACUGGUGAAAUCCGCAGGUGGUAUCUGUUAUGGUUAUGUUUGCGACCUGUGCGAUCGGGAGGAUAUUUACAAGAAAGCAGAGCAAGUCAGGAAAGAAGUUGGAAAGGUAACCAUUCUGAUAAACAAUGCAGGUAUAGGAAAUGGCUAUAGACUUUUGGACACGCCGGACAACCUUAUUAUCAGAACAAUGGAAGUUAACGUAAUGAGCCACUUUUGGACAACAAAGGCGUUCUUGCCUUCGAUGAUAGAAGACAACAGAGGUCAUAUUGUGAGCAUUGCAAGUAUGGCUGGACAUAUAGGAGUGUCACAUUUGGUGAGUUAUUGCACCUCGAAAUUCGCGGCGAUUGGAUUCGACGAAGCUCUUCAUAUGGAGCUAGUUGCUGAAGGAUAUAAGAUUAAUAGCACGGUGGUAUGUCCAUUUUUCAUUCGAAGCACCGGUAUGUUUGAUAACGUUUCAACAAGAUAUUUGCCGAGGCUCACGCCGAACAACGUGGCGGAUCGAAUCAUCUCCGCUAUAAGAUGCAACGAAAAAGUUGCUAUAGUACCUGGUUAUCUUUGCAUUUUCCUCAUUCUGAAAUGGGCAUUUCCGUGGGAAUGUGCGGACAUGCUCGUACGAGGUCUACUUUUAAAUAAGAUUCACCCAUCAGACUCGUCACCUCCUCCUGCGAAGAAAGAAGAAGAAAUUAUUCCUACUAUGUUGCCCAAAGAUCCGGACACCACGGUUAUUCAUCAACAAUUGACCAGACGUAUUUCCAGUUCCGAAAGGAAACCAUAAUUAUUUGGUCGUCUCAUAAAGUUUCAUAUCGAAAGAAUAAAUGACACGUAUGUGGAAGUCAUGGAACAUUGUAAUAAAUAUAAGAUAAUAACCAUGUUAUUGCAACGGUGAAAAACCCAUUUUGUACAAGUUUUAAUGUACAAUCAAAAUAGCUUGUUUCCAAGGCGAGUCGUUCUUUCACAAAAUUAAAAUAAGUUUCGCGAAACGAAAAAGUCGUAGAAUUACCAUUUUCCAAAGACACGGCUUCAAGUCUUGUAGAAUAAUGAAGCGAAUUGAAGUGAAGAUUUUUAAGACACUGAGACUUUCAUGAAUUUCUCUAUUCAUAAUUGUAAGUGUAUUGUGAUUUUCGGGAAAUAAUGCACAAUACCAACAAAGUUUCAUACAUAUAUAUAUAUAUAUAUAAAUAUAUAUACAUACAUAUAUAUAUUUAUAUAUAUAUGGUGUUAAGGAUCAUUUUAGUGUUUCGAACAAUAAUAAAAUGUCAUAGUACGAUACUAAGGUCACAAAUCUAAUAUUACAAGUCUACAAUUUUAACGCUAAUAAUUGUUAGAUAAGAAAGAUUGAUAGAUAUGACAUAGAUAUAAUUUUUCAAAUUUCGUUUGUACGGUAUAAUGAACAUGUGUAAUAGCCUGAGAUUUUUUAUUGAUAAUUCGGUUACAAAAACGAACAAGUAUAUUUAUCAAUCGUGUGUUUUAAUUCUGUCGACUGUUAUUACGGAACAAUUUACAAAUGUGAAAUAGAAAAAAUAAAGUUGGAAAAAUUGUAUCAUUUGUACUUACGCAUUGGCCCAUUUGAACUACCGAUUUUUGAGAUAAAAUUUAUUGAACCAACGCAACUCAUGUAUCGUAUGUACGCUAUCGUUUUAAAAACAGAGUGCCAUAUGUCCGCCCUCAUAUACAAAUAAUUGUUUUAUAAACGAACAUUAUAAUAAAAUCACAAUUUCUAUUCUUCA